AAGGAGACCUCUUGUGUGAGAGGACUGCUGUUGUUGAAGUUUAUAACUCGUAUUGAAGGUUAUAUCUCCUAUUUCAGCUUCAGUCGUGGACGCAGCGGUUGGGAAGGAGUUGAUACUUACUGCAAAGACAGUGCCACCCCAUUUGCAGCAGAGGAGGGCCUGACCGGCCUGCUGACCACCAACCACAAGAUGACCGUUGAAUGCUAUGGAGACCAGGGAGAGUUCUCCAGUGAGGAGCAGCAUGUCCUGGACAAUGAGGGAAGGGCUGUUCUCACACAGCACAGGGGAGAAAAAAUACUUUUAUCAUAUGAUUUGUCCCAUGACUUUCUAUAUUUUAAGAAAUAUUGUGUGAAGACUGACAUGAAACAGUUAUGGUUAUCCCACGAGCUGACCCAGAAAAGCCUGAAUGGAAACUGUUCGAACUGCAGUUUUACAAGCUGCUUCAGUAUCGGGCUGAAGCCAUUUUGGAAGCUGGGAGGGACAAGCUCUGGAAAGAAGAGGACGUUAGCAGGAGUCAUUUUUCCCAAAAAGAGUAAGACACUAAAGGCUGGCCCAAAGCCUCAAGGCAGCCUGUUAGCCUUUUUCAAGCCCAAAUCCACACUUGUGACCCCAACCAGGGAACCCCCAGGGAGUUCAAGUGAAAGGGGUCAUAGUCAGAAGCAGGAGAAAGAGGAGGCCCUGACUUCAGAUUCUACUGUAGACCCCACAUGUUCCAAGAAGGUGUCACUGGGGAGKUUCUGGAAGACAGUCCUGCGUGGGUCGUCCCUAUCGCCCCCCUGUGAGGUACAUGGGGAACUCCGUUCACGCAGCGCAGUCAAGGCGGGGCCAAACUUUGGCAGACAGUUCUUUGUGUGUAACCGCCCUCAGGGCCAUGCAUCCAAUCCUGAGGCUUGCUGUAGCUUCUUUUCCUGGGUGGAUAAUAAAGGAAAAUAA